CUCCGAAAAUCGAAGCGCUUUUUACCUAUCCAACUGCUGUUUGUAGUGUACGUAGGCAAUUAUAGAAAUUGAGACACCGCACGCGGCAACUAAUGUCAAUUUUGACGAUAAGGACAUUUUAAUUUAGGUAAUUGGCUAAUUGCACAUAAUAAAAAAAGAUUGUGAGGUUAUAGUGUGUUCACGGAGGUGGUAGCUUAGCCACAGACGGUUUUAGUGAAGUGAAAGUUAGGUUAUGUUAUAAAAUCAAAAUGCAGUUAUUUAAACCGGCAAUUAGAAAUAUCAUUUACAGACAGUUUUGCUUAAGCAAGAUCUUAAAACAGACCCACGAAGCUACUUUCGAUAAGUUACUGGAAGCUCACAUCGACAAAAUACUAUACAACACUCACCUUUACCGAACGAAUCCCAAGUUUAAUUUUUGGCGACGUGUUGAGCUGAAAAAACGGGAAAAACAGAACCGAGAGCAGCUACAAAGUGUACAACCUCUGCCGCGUGUUUUAAGGUACUUUUACGAUGAUCCACUACCCCACGUUUGCAAGGAAACCAAGCCAGAACAGCCCGAAAAGGAACACAUUCAAACUCACUUCCCGUUUGCAAAUCAGACAAUCUCAAUUUCGGACGGAGAAGAUGUAGCUCCUACCAUUGAAAUGGAUGCCGCUGAUCGUACCAAACAUGAAAUUGAGAGACGACAACACUCCCUUUGGAUGCACGAUUACGAAAAUUACGAGGACGAUGCUGAUUUUGAAGGUAGCGAUUGGACAAUUAACUACGGCACACCGGAUCCCCGUUCGUCAAUCAGCCGCAUACCAUGCGGCGGCUGUGGAGCUCUACUACAUUGUAAAGAUACAGCGAUUCCCGGAUAUCUACCUUCGGAGAUAUUCAAAAACGCGGCCAAACGCGAGGGAGUGGAUUUGAAAGCGUUAAUCUGCCAAAGGUGUCAUUUUCUCAAGUAUUACAAUCUAGCGCUUCAAGUCAGGGUCACGUCAGAUGACUAUAUAAAGGUCUUGGAGAGUCUGAAAACGAAACGCGCGCUCAUUCUCCUAACUGUCGACCUAUUCGACUUUCCUUGCUCGCUUUGGCCGGGAAUCGUCGACGUUCUGGGUCAGAAGCAGCCGAUCGUCAUUGUCGGGAAUAAGGUGGACUUAAUUCCUAGGGAUAGUCCGAGUUAUUUAGAUCGAAUUAAAAGCGUCGUAUCGAGUACGGUUCGCGAGACCGUUAGCGAGAGAGUUGCGCGGAAUGUGAAGCAUGUGACGCUGAUAUCUGCCAAAACCGGUUGGGGCGUCGAGGAGCUUAUCACGAAGCUUCAUAACAUUUGGAAUACGCGCGGCGAUGUUUACGUGGUUGGCUGUACGAAUGUCGGCAAAUCGAGCCUGUUUAACUGCCUGCUGCAGUCGGAUUUUUGUAAAGUGCAAGCCGUCGACUUGAUUCAAAGGGCGACGACGAGCGUGUGGCCGGGCACGACGAUGAAUAUGUUGAAGUUUCCCAUUUUGCGGCCGUCCGGGUGGCGCAUGUUUGUACGGAUGAAGCGACUGCAAGCUUUGAAUAAAAUUCGAGCGGAAGAAAAUAAGCUCAACGUCAUGCGGUUGAAGGAGACGCGCGAGAUGAAAUAUGCGACACUUGUAGGCCACAUUGAUCGUACCUUUAGGCCCGGUUUCGAGAAUGCCGAAACCGGAUCAGAUGUUGUUCCUAUGAUGGCGCACCCGAAUACAUCUGGUGGAGUUUGUACAGGUAUUAAUGAGAAUGAUCCUGUGUACGUUGCUAGUAAAUGGUGCUACGAUACCCCAGGUGUUGAGCAUCCCGAACAGAUCAUCCAUCUCUUGACAACUGAAGAGUUAACGUUGGCACUUCCACGUGAUCCAAUUCAACCGAAGACGUUUAGCAUAAGGCUCGGCCAAACUGUUUUUAUAGCAGGUUUGGCCAGGUUGGACUAUUGCAGUGGACCUCAUUCGAUAAAAAUUACCGUUUUUUGCUCCGAGCUACUACCGAUCACCAUGUGUUACACCGAGGACGCAUCUUCUUUGUACGAAACUUUUUUAGGAAGCGAAAUAUUUCUGGUACCAAAAGGAUCUCCCGAGCGCCUAAGUAAGUGGCCAAAUUUAAAGCAGGGCGAACUUUUGCUACAUUUACAAGGUGUAAAUGAGGAUACGUCAUGUGGCGACAUAGUAUUAUCGAAUGCAGGAUGGAUUUCAGUCACUUGUGCAUCUCAGGUAGCAUUUAAAGCUUGGACUCCAGAAGGUAGAGGAAUAUAUGUGCGUAAAUGUUUGCUACCGUUUGCGGUAGCUUUGAGAGGAAAGAAAAUACAUCACUCGCCAGCGUAUGCAUCUGAUAAAUGUUUUUUACCAAAAUAAAAAUUGCUCGUAUAAGAAUUUAAA